CAGUGAGCGAAACACGACACCCGGGAGAGAGAGAGAAAUGGGGGAGGAGACAACGAGUAGUUUCAGACUAGGGAGAGUGGGGAAUGAAAAAAAGUCGGUGUGAAAGAGAGAAUGGGAAACUGACUGAUAUACUGCGAAUGGCGAACCUCGGGAGACCAGAUGACAAACUAACACAAGGAUAAAAUGUUGCGAAAAUGAUCCGCUUGCCGUAAGAGAGCGCAUAUGUAACGCGGAGUGUGCCGCUUUUCCGCCGUGUUUGGGAUUGUACCGAUCGUUCCCGGGACAGACAGGAAAGCGGUGUUACGGAACUCAGUUGCACCCCGUCCCGUAAGGCUCGUGGAAGUACCGAACCACUCAAAACUCAGAGCUGUCGGGGGGUCUGGAGUGAUCGCGUAAAGAGGGCAGCCGAUCCACUUGGUGUUCGUGCGGCAGGGAGCAACAGGAGCGCUGAACAUUUGACAAAAGUUUGGCCUUUUGGAGACGGGGGUGAGGGAGAGGCCGAGUCUCGCCACUGUUGAACUGACAACUUAACCCAGCUUGCUGAGAUAACUUUCAACAUGAAAACCCCGGGGGACUCGGGGUUUGCGUUCCCAGACUGGGCCUAUAAGCCUGAGUCCAGUCCCGGCUCCAGACAGAUCCAGCUGUGGCACUUUAUCCUGGAGCUGCUGAGGAAGGAGGAGUAUCACGAUGUGAUCGCCUGGCAGGGAGACUAUGGGGAGUUUGUGAUCAAAGACCCCGAUGAGGUGGCCAGGCUGUGGGGCGCCCGCAAGUGUAAACCUCAGAUGAACUACGACAAACUCAGCAGAGCCCUCAGAUAUUACUACAACAAGAGGAUUCUGCAUAAAACUAAAGGAAAACGCUUCACCUACAAGUUCAAUUUCAACAAGUUGGUUUUGGUCAACUACCCUUUCAUUGACAUGGGGUCUGGAGGAGCGUCUGUUCCCCAGAGUGCUCCACCGGUGCCUACAGGUCCCCAUUUCCGUUUCCCUCCAUCUACUCCGUCAGACAUGCAGGUGUCAGAUGUGCUGCGGUCUCCAAGCAGCGAAGAGCUGCGCAGUCCCGGCAUCUUUGGCACGUCCCGUCGCAUGGGCCGCGGGUCCGUCUCCGACUGCAGUGACGGUACGUCCGUCAACUCUGAAAUUGAAGAGGGGAAUGGAGGAGCCCCAGAAGAGAGAGUGACGGAAAGAGUGGCCGAGCGAGGAGGAGGUGGUUUCCGCGGUGCGGUGCAUCCGCGUCUGUCUCACGAAGCUAUGUUCAGGAUGUAUGGCGGACACGGGGGUCACCGAGGUCACCGGCUUUCAGAGGUCACCGGGCACAGGGUUCAUACUGAGCCUCUCUCGCCCUUUACCGUUUCGCCUCUACCCGGUCCAGGAGGGUCAGGCCUUUUGGCGCCUCCCCUCUCCCCUGCGCUCUCCAUGACCUCUGGCUCUCACCUGCCCUACUCCCCCUCCCCAAACCUGUCACCCAUGCCUGGCUCCAUCUUUUCCUUCAACCCAGAAGACAUGCAGCGCUACCUGCAGGCUCACAACCAGAGCGUCUACAAUUACCACCUGAGCCCUCGUGCCUUUUUCCAUUACCCGAACAUCAUCGUUCCUCAUCCUCAACGGGCCGACAAAGGCAUCCCUGGAUCCCAUGGCUGCGACCGCGGCCCUGCCGAGAGGCCUACAGUGCUCAACAGCCAUCACUCCAGCCUCCCCCCACCGCACGCUCCAUCCAUUCACCACCACCUGGGGGAGGACCAGCACCAUUCCUCCCUAAAGUUUAAACUACAACCUCCACCGCUAGGCCGAAAGCAACGUGAUGGUCAGGGCAGACCGGGGUCACUGUCCUCCACGUCUACAUCUGGUUUGGGAUCCUCCUUGUCGUUUGGCAGUGACCUUAGCUCAGCCAGCGGAUCGGGAUUAGUGUCCAACUCCUCUUCAACCGGCUCGCUAAACAGCGCAGGGCUGCCCAAAAUUAAGGUUGAGCCCAUAUCUGACAUUGAGUCAGAGGAGGAGGUUGAAGUGACUGACAUAAGUGAUGAUGAGCAAGAUGAAAGAGACGAAGAGUUUGACGUUUUCCCUCCCCGCUUUCAUAAACAUCAUCAUCACCACCACAAUCAUCAUCCUCAAAGCCAAAAGCACCAACAGCCCAACGGCACUGACGCCCACCCAGAUGAUGACUUAGAGGAGGAGGUGUUCAAAACCCCUGCCCCUCCACCCUUUUUCAUCCCACCCGCCUCUUUCUCAGGUGACGGUCGGCGCGGCAACACCAUUGUGAAGAGCGAGCCCGUAGAACCCGCAGAGACUCAGUCAGGGUCCGGCGUGCUUCCGCAGACACCAUCCCAGUGUAUCCCGCUGAAGCUCAGGUUCAAACGGCGCUGGGACCAGGACCAGCACAUGGAGGAGGCAGAGGACAAGAAAGUGAGAGGAGAAGAGCGGAGGAACGGAGAGGCGGAGGAGAGCGGGAGUGGAAGUGGAGAGGCAGAGAGCCCUCCUCCUCUCGCCAACCACCGGGUCAGCGCCGAGCUCCACCGCGCCACCGCGCAGCUGUCACUGGAAAACAAGGACUGCUGAUACGCAACGACUGUCAAUGCGCAACACUGCUGAUGGACUCUUUGCGUGAAACUUUGUAGAUCAUUGACUGCUGAUACUGACAAAUGGCUUUCUGGACAAUGAUACUGACACACACACCUGCUAUAGCAUAGCUACACUGACCCCUGCUUAAACCCUGUUCCUCCCCGCGUCACUCGACUUUAGCCGAGGGUCUUGCCAGCACACGUACAUACAUACAGUGCAUCUCAGUAUAACAAUGAUGUGGAAUGAAUUCACCCAUGUGCCCCAGUGACCCUCAGGAGUCAUGAACUUUGACCUUUGGCACUAAAGAAAAUUUUAUAUUUUUAAAAGAGAAUUUUAUUUUGCAAAGUGCCUGUGAGCCUAUCCCUCAAAAUCCCAUGAACAAAGAAAGAAAGAAAGAGAAAGAGAGAGUGCAGGGAAGACUAGCUUAACUAGAAUGGUUUUAUGGGUUUGAUCUUAAUUUUUCAGCUGCCCAGCAUUAUUUUCCUCAGUGACAGACUAUGAUCAUGUCAUGAUAUGAUGUGAUCGUAUACAAAUGCACAGAAGUCACAAACUUUCUCUCGCAAACAGAAAGACACUGUUUUAAAACCAGCCUGGUCAAAAGUCAGAACCCUCAGGGACAAAUCCCCAACACACACUCGCGCACGCACACAUACACAGAUAUAAUCCCUUCCUUGUUCCCUGUAUGAACCCUGAACAGAUUGUUGAAACUGUAUAUGUCACAACUGAGCAUUUGUGCAGAAAACGUGUGUCCGAGUGUGAAUGCGUGUGUUUUUUUUUGAAAGUUUAGCUGUGUUGUAAGUUCUCAGGAUUUGUCCAUCCAUCUCCUUUGUAUCCAAACCAGCUCACAUUUCAUUCUUUUUCUGCUCUUCUUCUCUGGGACCAUACCUGAAUUUCAUUGAAGUGAUGUUACUCAGGCAAAAAACACAGUUCAGAGACUACACUUUUAAAUCUCUUAGCCGUUGAAUCAGCUGACCUUCUGAGGUGUCAGUCCUUAACCAGCAUUACACACAUUAGCGCAUGUACAGUGAUACUAUAAAUGAACUGUUGAUGCAUUUAAGAAUCUUGCUUGCUUGUACCCUUCAUGUGGUCAUUCUGCAUCUUGGUUUAUCCUCCACUGUCUUUUAGUCGAAAGCAGAUCUGACUCAGGACCACUAUGAGAUCUUAUUGCGAGCUGGGGAAAUAAAGAAUCUGUGGUUCAAUACAUAACUUAAAGAUCUUAAAAGUCACUCCUUUACACACGUACACACACACACAGCCUCCUAUGCCUUGUUUUAUUAGCAUGUCAGAAAAGAUUAAGGGAAAAUAACUUUAAAAGACCAGUAUACACCUUUAAUAUACCUUUAUAUAAUGUGUGUUAACCAUACUGUAAACAGAACUUGCAUUAACAGAUGUAUCAAUUUCAGAGGGUUUGUAACAUUCGGUUUGGAGGGGAAAGUUGACUCCUCUCCUCAGGGAAGUUUUUUUUUAUGGGCGAGGGAAAAAUACAUUUUUUUAACUAUUUAAAAAUUGUAGGGUAGGGAAGCGAAAGGCAGAAUUAGACAAAACUUAACAAAGCAGGAGACUUUCGCACUACGGAUUUUGUGGCACAUUGGGUUCUUUAACCAGCAUGCACUUCCCCGACAUCCUGUUCUUACUGCCACAACUGAUGUCUGUGUGCUCGUGUGUGUAUAUAUGUGUGUGUGCGUGUGUGAUCGAGUGAGAGAUUUUGACAGGCUGUAUGUCGGUCCACAUCCAAGAGGUUUUUGCUUCAUGAACCUCAUAAAUCUGUGUGCACUAAAGCCUCUUGGAGGACUGACCACAGGAAUGAAAGUAAAGUGACAUCAAGUGAGGUGCAAUGGUUUCCCAGUGACAGGAAAAGUUAUCUCAGUGUCUCGGAUAGCUAUAAUGAUACAUUUGACAGAAUCGGACUGUUUAAUGUUUACCGAAUGUCAACCUUCUCCUUUCUAGCUGCCUUACUCCCUCUUCAACCAGAUUUGAUUCUGUUAAAAUAUCCCAUUCUACUUUCUAAUGAAUUAUUGGACAUUAUUUGGACUUUACCCAUGGUGCACUUGUUUUGACGCCCCGGUAUACUUUUUUAUGUAAGGGGUGGUGUUAAAUUUAAGAUGGACUCAGCAGCCCAUUCAUUUAGGGUGCUGUGACAGGUUAUCCCAGGAUGUUACUCUUUUAAAAUCCAACAUCAUGUCGUUUGUUUUUUCCACUCAAGUUGCUCUUUUUUUCUGUUGUCGUUGUUGCUGUUAAUCAUAAUUAUUAUUAGUUAUUAUUAUUUUUGUUCAAAUUUGUUUUUGCUCACAUUGUAGUCAUGAUAACAUUGUAUACAUUACUGUAAAAGAAUGUUUUCCCUCCACCCAUGCCUUCCCACUGAGCAACAGUGUGUCUAGUGUAACAUUUAAAAUAUGUAAAUUAACGUAAAACUGUGUCUUUAAUAUGGGCGGAUAUACGGAUACCAGAUGGAGGAAGGGCAUUCUGGGUGGAUCGGGCGUAUAAUUUGAAAUCGAGUCAUGUCAUGUAAUUGUUAUUUUGUAGUGUUACUUAUUUCUUGCUCUUGUAAAUUUUUUUUCAUUGGGGGAUUGUAUGAUUUUAAAAAGAUAUAUUGUGUAUUGUUUUAUUGUGUAAAAGUCUCUAUCUUUCUCACUUUCUAUCUCAGAUUUUAUUUCUGUGGUUCCAUAACUCAUAAUAACAGGUUUUAAUACCAUGAUGUAACAUUUUAAUUCCUCCUUUAUUCAUUUUUGUGUUCUUUCAGAAUUGUAAUUAAAAUGUAAUCAGGGUCAAUUAAACUGGUUAAAAGCCA